UGCUGGGCGGACCCAGUGAACCUUAGUGUGCAGUAUGGCGGACGAUGGAGACGGAAAGAGUGGAGUAGUAGAGAGCAGUAGCGGAUCUGUGGUUUCAGAAAAUGCGGAGCUCGAUGUUGCUGGGAUGCUGCUUAACGUGAUCGUCUUUCUGGGAGUGCUGGUCCUCUGUUAUGUGAUUUACCGUAGUUGGCGCCGACGAGCUGGCUUGGACUCUGCCCAGGACAAGGAGGCCGCGUCGCUGCCAAAGAUGAAGAGACGUGAUUUCACGCUGGAACAGCUGCGGGAAUACGACGGAAUCCAGAACCCCCGCAUCCUGAUAGCAGUAAACACUAAGGUCUUCGACGUGACUCCCGGCAAGAAGUUUUACGGGCACGAUGGCCCUUAUGGCAUUUUUGCAGGAAGAGAUGCAUCAAGGGGUUUAGCAACCUUUUGCCUGGAUAAAGAUGCACUACGAGAUGAAUAUGAUGAUUUGUCUGAUUUAAAUGCUGUACAGAUGGAGAGUGUGAGAGAAUGGGAGAUGCAGUUUAAAGAAAAGUACGAUUAUGUGGGACGGCUUCUGAAGCCUGGAGAUGAGCCAUCAGAAUAUACGGAUGAAGAGGACAUAAAGGAUCACAUCAAACAUGACUGAACUCUUUGCUGAACCAAAGCCAAGGCCUUAGAGUGCUGUUGCCCCUUUUGUCCCUCCUCUUUCACAGAACAAUAUUCAGCUUGAGUUUCAACUUGCCGACAGAGGAUAUUAAAACCUACUGUUCUGUUCUGUGUAAAGGAAAAGUUUAUCCUUCUGAGGGAUUUUAAUGAUCCAGCAUCAAAUUCUUGCUGCCAACAUUUUUUUUAUUAUUAUUUCAAUUGUCAUUGUUUAUUGUUGAGUAACUCUUCAUGUUUUGUUAAAAUUUGUGGGAGUGACAGGGGCAGGAGAAGGGCUGGGGGCUUGAUAAGAACAACGUGGAUUUGUUUUCUCCGCUGAUCAGCUUUUGCUAUUGUAUUAAAAGCUUCUGAAGCAUGUCGAUUGUGACACAAAAAGCUUUAGGGGCCUUUUUAAAGUUAUUUCUCUGUUAUGCCUACAUUUAUUUUUCAAACCGGUUCAUGCCAUUGUUCUGUUUUAAAUGUGUUGGUAGUUUUGCAUGUAGAGGGUUCACUUCCAUGCCAUCAGAAUGUACGUUUUGAGUUUAGUGUCUUUUAUUUUUGUUUUUUUCCUUGCACCACUAAACUGCAUCAAAUCUCAGAUUGAAAAGGGAAGGUCUCUUGUUGGCUUCAUUUUUAGAGGGUUUGUUUGUUUUUUUUUUUUCACCUACCAUGUUUACAUGCUACAAAAAUCAGCUGUACGUCCGUAUUUCCCAGAAUGAUCAGAUAUUAAUUGUGCCUUAUUUCAGUUGUUUUUUCUAUUUAAAAUGAAACUUGAACUGUUCAGAGGAAAAAGAAGCAAUGCCCCAGUGAUGUGUCUUCUGCUGAAGAGGAACCACUUCCAGUUCUUAAUCUGACAGCAGACAUGCUCUUGUUCAGAUAGAAAUGCUACUGGACUGGAAAGGAAUUCUUUCGUCAAUCUUUGUAUAUAAACUUUGCAAAUUCUAUUCAGUGUUACUGAUGUUCAUGUAGUUAAUACAUUUCACAUCCUACUGUAUGUGUUGUAAAGGCCAAAUGCCCCCAUUGCUUCAUUUUUUUAAAUUUUAUUUCUGUUGAACCUUGCUGUCUUUUCUUACAUGAGGGAGAGCGACAGACAAGGGGAGGGGCGAGGGAUGAUCCAGUUGUCCCACCGGAACUUGGGGUGGUUAGGUGAACUGUGGGAAGUUGAGCUGCCAGUCCUGUAAAUAUAUGUGCAUACCAUUUUAUGAAAGCAUGUAUAGCAGAGUAAACUGAGCUCCAGUUUGGUGCUUUGUAUAGCUGUGUAGAAGGUGCAACAGAAAAGAGACAAGACAUGUUCAAGCAGAAUAAACAAUUUGGUUAUUAAAGAA